AUGUCCAAUACGGCAAUCUCGGAUCCUCGGGUGAAGACUGAUCAUUGCCCAGGCUGCGGAGCAAAAUUUCAAACACGAGAUCAUUUAAAACCAGGUUUUCUGGUGGUUCCAAAACUUGAGAAAAAGAGGGAAAUAACAAAACCGGGAGAGCUGAGCGUAGAUGAUGUACAGACGAUAAUUAAAUCUAUGCCUGAUGAUAUUCUCAAGCAACUUUAUCCAAUGGGCGUUGUACCUGAAUUAAAACCAUCCGACAAAGAUAACGAUGGUGAAUCGAAAGAAUCGAUGGACAACACAUGCGGAGAAAAAGCCGACGGCAUAACAGAAGAGGGAGAAAGAAUAUUUUGCCAAAGGUGCUACAAUUUACUCUAUCACAAUAAAGUCGUGACCGAAGAAUGGCAGGAAUCAUUAUCAUUCGAUAGGUCAUUCUUGUCAUUCUUGAAUAAGAAGAAGGAUGCUAUAGUGGUCACGGUUGUGGACAUUUUCGACUUUCCAGGCACGCUCCUGGAAGAUCUGGAUGAUCUGAUUGGCGUAAAGAAUCCAACCAUCCUAGUUGCCAACAAGAUGGACCUUCUUCCCAGGGAUGUCAGCGAAACGAGAAUCAAGAAUUGGUUGAAGGAGAAAAGUGAAAAAUUGGGAUUUCGUAAUAUUCACGAAAUCUUUCUUAUUAGCGCCAAAAAAAAUUGGAGAGUCAGAGAGUUGGCACAAACCAUAUCAGCAAUCCGUAGUGGAUUUGAUGAUGUCUAUCUGAUCGGUUGCGCGAAUGUUGGUAAAUCUGAGCUGGUCAACAGCUUCCUGAGAAGUACGGUUGUUGGAGGAUGGAAACACGAGGUAACCUCGUCACCGAUUCCAGGAACCACGGUGGGAAUGCUAGGGCUACCGUUGACGAUAUUUGGAACAACUUUUGGUCACAAUCCAAGAGGAUUUCAUUUUCCACAAAAGAGUCGAUACCUGUACGAUACACCGGGAGUCGUCAAUGGGAAACAAUUGAUUCACCUGCUGACCGAGGAAGAGUUGAAAAUGGUAAUUCCUCAAAAGAGGAUCAAACCAUUGACGUAUAAUAUUUUUCCAGGAAAAUCAGUAUUCUUCGGGGGCCUAGGCAGAAUCGACUAUGUGGAGGGUGAUAAACCAGUUCGCAUGACGAUAUUUAGUCGAUUGAAAUCUCACAUUACCUCGACACAAAGAGCCGACGAGAUAUGUCAAUCGAUGGCCGUUGGAGAUAAAACAUUCCUGGAGCCACCGAUAUUUUCGAUAAAAAGAGCAUCACCAUUUCCACCAAUGAUCAAGGGUAAGAAGGGAUAUGUGAUGAAGGGUAUACCGGGAACGAUGAGCAGCAAGGAUGUCGUGUUCUCGGGAAUCGGGUGGGCCUCAUUUGGCGGAACUUUUGAUCGAGCCUCAAUUGAUGUUUGGUCACCUCACGGAGUUGGGAUAUACAUUAGGGAGAAAUCAUUGUUGCCAUUUGAAUUUAAGGGAAUGUUCGAAAAGCUGCCUUAA